AUGGAAAAUUUUGGAAGCAUUGCUCAGUUUCUUCAAGACAAGAAUGUCUUGGUCCUUGGUGCUGCUGGAUUUCUUGCAAAAAUUUUUGUGGAGAAGAUACUAAGAGUGCAACCAAAUGUGAAAAAAGUUUAUCUUCUUUUGAGAGCUACAGAUUUUGAAUCUGCAACUAAACGGUUGCAUAAUGAGAUUUUGAAGAAGGACUUGUUCAAAUUGAUGAAGGAAAAUCAUGGUGAAAAGUUCAAUAGCUUUAUUUCAGAGAAAGUGACUGUAGUGGCUGGAGACAUUUCCCAAGAAGAGUUGAACUUGAAGGACUCAAAUCUGGUUAAGGAGUUGUACAAUGAAACUAAUGUUAUUGUGAAUUUAGCUGCAACAACUAACUUUGAUGAAAGAUAUGAUGCAGCAUUGGAAUUAAAUACAUUUGGAGUGAAGCAUGUAUUGAACUUCGCCAAAAACUGUAUUAAUCUGAGGGUGCUUGUCCACGUAUCAACAGCAUACGUAUGUGGUGAGAAAGGAGGGUUGAUUACAGAAGAACCAUACAAAAUGGGUGUGUCAUUAAAUGGAGUAACUGGAUUAGACAUUAAUGUGGAAAAGAAAGUUGUUGAAGAUAAAUUGAAAAUGCUUCAACAACAAGGAGCUUCUGAAAAUGAUAUUAAAUUUGCCAUGAAGGAUUUGGGGAUCAAAAGAGCAAAAAUGUAUGGAUGGCCAAACACAUAUGUGUUUACAAAAGCAAUGGGAGAAAUGCUUGUUGGAACUAUGAAGGAAAAUCUGUCCAUUGUUAUUGUUCGUCCUACAAUGAUUACAAGCACUUACAAAGAACCUUUUCCUGGUUGGGUUGAAGGAGUAAGAACCAUAGACAGUUUAAUUGUUGCUUAUGGUAAAGGAAAAUUAACAUGCUUCCUUGCAGACAUUGAGGCUAUUUUUGAUGUGAUUCCUGCUGAUAUUGUGGUGAAUGCAAUGAUGGUGGCAAUGGUGGCUCAUGCUAAUCAACCUAGUGAUAACAACAUAUAUCAUGUGGGUUCUUCUGUUGGAAAUCCAGUUAAAUAUCGUAAUCUCAAAGAUUACACUUUCAGAUAUUUUACUGCAAAGCCAUCUUUAGACAAAGAAGGAAAACCCAUCAAGGUUGGGACAGUUACAGUUUUGGAAAACAUGAAUAGCUUCCAAAGAUACAUGUAUAUUCGAUACAUUCUUCCACUCAAGGCACUAGAGAUAGCCAAUACGGCUCUUUGUCACUUUUUUGAUGGUACUUAUUUUGAUAUCAACAAGAAGGUCCAAACCAUGAUGCGCUUGGUGGAUCUCUACAAACCCUAUUUGUUCUUCGACGGCUUGUUUGAUAAUACGAAUGUGGAGAAGUUGCAAAAAGAAGCAAUGCAAAGUGGGGUGGAGAUGAAUUUGUUUUACUUUGAUCCCAAAAUGAUUGACUGGGAUGACUACUUCAUGAAUGUUCAUAUUCCUGGCAUUGUCAAAUAUUGCAUGAAGUGA